AUGUGUUACUUGGCAACCGAAGAUCAUGAAUGUGCUUGUGCAGGACAGGGAUUGUAUAAUUUCAGGUAUGGUAUUCUAGCAGCUUUAACUUUAACAACCUCAUCAGCUCUAUUUAUUGGUGUAAGAAGUGCGGUGGAUACUGUGUUGGCAGAUUCUGAGUGUUAUGGCCUGGCCGGCUCAGAUGUUCGAAUGUCCUGUUUCGUUAACAAGGCUUUAGUAAAUGUUGGUGGUGAACUUGCAAAGGUUGUCCUUGGUCGAGUUUCAACAGAAGUGGAUGCUUGUCUUGCGUAUGACACACACAGCAUUGUUAGGAAGCAUGCUUUUGUCUUAUCUCAAACUACUUUGAGUUGUUGCUCAGUAUAUUCAACCUCCAUUGAAUAUGAACUGUUCAACAAAGCUUGUAAUGUAUGGGUUUCUACUCAGGGAAUAGAGGCAUCAAGAGUAUUGGAAUCUGAAGGCAUACAGACACACUUGACUUUUGUUUACAGAUGUGAAACUCCAUUUAUCAAGUGA